UCUACUGUCCAUGAAAUCAAUUACCCCGAUGUAAGUUGAGAAGAGCGCGAGCGAGCUACCUGUUACUCGCUGCAUCUGUGGUGGAGCUAUACUACAAUCAGAUAUCACUGACAUGAGCCUCGCAGUCUGCUUAAGAACACAACAUAAUUAAUUCGAAUUUGUUUAGCUGCAAGCACUAGCCGGGAUGAAAUUUCACUUGGCCACCUGUCUGGUCUUCGCCCUGACGACCGUUGAGGCUGUUGGGGCCUCCAGUUGGUUCAGUAAAGCCGUAUACAACAAGUGGCACGAAACUGAAUUAGAGCGAUGGCUCUCCGAUCACGACAUUCCCUAUCCGUCGCCUGCCGACCGUAGGGACCUCGAAUCUUUGGUCAAGACCAACUGGGAAACCAAGGUGCAAAAGCCCAUGGGACAUGUGGUCGACCAGACCGCUGAUCAGUGGCAUAACACUAGAGAAUGGAUCUUUGAUACUUGGUCGGACUCUCAAAUUAAGGCGUUCCUUGACCGACAUGGCAUCCCUUGCCCUCAACCCCGCCAGCGCGACGUCCUCCUGCAAACUGCUCGUGAGAACUACGAGACUGUGGCGAACAAACUUGGCGAGGCGGCUCACUACCCUGGUAACUGGCUGUACGAACAAUGGACCGAAUCCGACCUGAAAAGCUGGCUUGACGAGCGCGGCUGGCCGGCGCCCCAGCCCACCACUCGUGAUAGACUUGUUGCAUCGGUCCGUCGCAAUGCUAGACUAGCCAGCUUGCGUGCACGCAGCAUUGCUGCCUCUGCUGCUGCCUCCGCCGAAGCUGCCCAAGCUACCUUGAGUGAAGCUUUGUUCCAGGCUUGGUCGGAUUCUGAAUUGAAGAAAUUCCUCGAUGAGAAUGACGUUAAGGUGCCUCAGGGCUCCAGGCGCAAUGAGCUCAUUGCUCUUGCCAGAAAGCACCGUGCCCUGCUUGUCAGCCAGGCAUCUGCCGCUUCUGCCACUGUUUCUUCUUCGGCCUCGGACCUCUUUGGAGCCGCAACUACCAAGGCCGGCAAUGAAUAUGCUCAAGCAACUGACGAUGCCGAACUCAGGAAGGAGGAGGCAUUUGACACCGCAGUGGAUGCCUGGUCUAACUCUCGUCUGAAGGGCUUCUUGGAUGCGCGAGGCAUUCCUGUGCCCCAAAGUAACAAGCGUGACGAGCUCCUUGCAAAGGUCAGACUUCAUAAGCACAAGGCGGCUACCGGCUAUAAUGCCUGGACAUUUGAUACCUGGACUACCGAGAAUUUGAAGAAAUAUCUGUCCUCCAUGAAUGACAAAGCCGCCCAACGUGCGGACGUCACUCGUGAUGAGCUUGUGAAGCAUGCUCAGGACACAUACGCCAAAGCCUCAAAGGCCGGCGGCGCUAACUGGGCAUCCGCCACAUCCUACAUGGCACAGGCCACCGAUGCUGCCAAGGACACGUCCUUUGACACCUGGACUCACUCCGACUUGAAGGCAUAUCUUGACUCAUAUGGCAUUCCCGUAUACCAGGGCUCCAAUAUCAAUGAAUUGCGUGCUGCGGCCCGUCGCCACGCAGAGUACUUCAAGUAUGGAACCUCCAGCCCUCAGGGCACCAUUUACGCCAAGCUGCAGGAAGCCACCAACUGGGUUCUGGACCAGAUCAAGAUCGGAGCGUCCAGCGGUCGGGCUCAAGGCCAGGAGGCCGCUGAGAAGGCCAAGGACAAGCUAUCCGAAGCCACCGAGGAGAUCAACUCCGAACGGUCCGAGCUUUAAGGUACUUGGUCAACGUGAUAUCUCACCUUGAUGAAAUUUGGAAGAUAUAAUUUGUCAUGACUCUUAUGAUUCAGACAGUUGCGUUGGUUUUACUUUUUAUUUGUUGCGAAGAGGCGUAAUAUCUUGCCCGGAUGGAAUAUGCUUGAGUUUACAUCGAUACAAAAGUAUCAUGAUCUGACGACUGGCCGCUUUGUCUUCUUGUUAUCUUUUGUAUAUUUAAUAUGAACGCAAUUUCCUUUUCACUUCCUUGUGUAACAGUAGCAUUUUCAAUAAUAACAGAUAUCCAUGACCAGGAAGUCCAAAAAUAGACCUUUGGAUUGGACCUAUGAUCGCCGAGAUAAUCACCAAACAUCGCUUUUAUGAACAUAAUGCAUCGCCGCAAUUCAACUCAAGAUCCA